GGGUCGGAAGGUGGCCGGGAUCAUGGCGGCGGGGCCGCUGCUGCGCGACCGCUUGAGCUUCCUGCACCGGCUCCCAGUUCUCUUGAAAGGGACGUCGGAUGAUGAAGCUCCGUGUCCUGGCUACCUAUUCGAGGAGAUUGCGAAAAUCUCCCAUGAGUCCCUGGGCAGCAGCCAGUGCCUCCUGGAGUACCUGCUGAGCCGGCUGCAGAGCGGCUCUGGCCACGUGAAGCUCAAGGUGCUGAAGAUCCUGCGCUAUCUGUGCAGCCACGGCUCCUCUUCCUUCCUGCUUAUCCUCCAGUGCAACUCUGCCCUCAUCCAGGAGGCCGCAGGCUUUGCGGGGCCCCCGGAUCCUCUUCAUGGCAACAGCUUGUACCAGAAGGUGCGUGUGGCUGCCCAGGAUCUGGGGAGCGCCUUGUUCUCUGACACCCUGUCUCUGCCGCCCUCCGGCCGGCCGCCCCGGGCCCUGCCACCCGCAGGCAUGGGCCCCCAGGCCCGACCUCAGAGCGCCCUCCAAGGCUUCGGCUACAGCAAGGAGAGGGGCCGCUUGGGCUCUGCAGGUGGAGCCCUGCUCUCCACCAUCCAGAAGGCCGCCGAGGUGGUGGCCAGCGCCAUGCGCCCGAGGCCUGAGGGUCCCAGCACGCCGCUGCCUGCCCUGAGAGAUGACACCUACCAGCCUGCCGCAACCCCUGCGGCCAGCCAUGGUCCCCCUGCACCUGGGAAGGCGCACCCCGGGGCCGCCCCGACCGCCCGAGCACUCAGGCACCGGCCAGGGCAGGCCGGGGGCGGCUGGGAGGAGGCAGACAGCAGCCCCGGCUCGCAGAGCUCCUCCCAGGGCAACGGGGACACCGGCAGUCGGUCCGGCAGCGACAGCCCCUCGGGAGCCAGCCGGGAGCUGGGUGACUUGGCAGAAUGGGUCAAGGCCGUGUCCCUGAGUGACUGCCGGGGUGAGGCCAGCCUGGUGAGGGCCGUGCUGCGGGGUCCACGCGCCUUCCUGACGCGGGAGGAGGCGCAGCACUUCGUCCGAGAGUGUGGACUGCUCAACUGCGAGGCCGUGCUGGAGCUGCUGCUGCUCCACCUGAGCGGCACUGGGGAACGCGUGCAGAUGAGAGCCCUGGGCGCCGUCUCUUCCCUCGGCACCACUGACCUGCUCGCCCAGGAGCACAUCCUCCUCCGGGCCCGGCCACGGCUGCAGGAGCUCAGCAUGGGCAGCCCUGGGCCCGUGACCAGCAAGGCCACCAAGAUCUUGAGGCACUUGGAAGCCUCCUGCCGACCACGGCCCCUUCCCCAGAGGCCCUCUGCUGGGCCUGGACCCCUCGGCCCUGCGGCUUCCGACGCCUGCGCUGGCCCAUCUGACCUGCUGACAGACACGGAGCCUUUUGCCGGAGGCCAGGCCUUCCUCCAGCCGCUGAGCUCGUUGCCCUGCGUGCCCAGGGGUGCCGCUCGCCCACUGGAGCCACAGCCCAGCCCUGCACCCCACCCGUACCCGGACACCUCGCCUCUGUCACCACCCGGGGACACCCGCUCAGGCCAGGGCAGCUCCAGACUGACAGGUUCCGGAGAGCAGGGGCCCAGAUCUGGGGAGGAUUCCUCGGAUGUGGACCCCCCAUAUGGGGGUCCAGAGCUCGGCCCAGGCCCCGCCGGCUGCCUGCGGACCCCGACGGCCGACGGCAGCAGCAGCAGCUCCUUGUUUGCCGGCAUGGAGCUCGUGGCCUGCCCCUGCCCGGUGGGGGCCGGGGCUGCUGCAGAGAAGCCCACUCUGCCCUCCCCAGCUCCCUGGGCUUCCCCAAGGGCAGCGCCUGGUUCGGAACUGUCUGCAUUUGCGUUCUUGAAUGCGUGACCACUGUCUGCCCAGCUGAGGCUGGGGUCACCCGUCCCCAGGGACCACCCGUGUCCUGGCCACUGGGACCUUUUGACCUGUGCUGCUCCCUGGCAUUGUCUGUUCUGUUUCCUGACACCCUCUGGUUGUCUGUCCCCUCCCCGUCAGCACGUUAGCGAGGGCAGCCCCAGGCAAGCAGAGUGGGCCCCGAUGGCACGUUCCAGUGGCCUAGCAGGAACCAGUGAGUUAUUGUCAUGAAUAAAAGUCCUGGACAAGCG